AUGACGAAGGAAGGCUCCCCUCACUGCCAAGCAUUGCGUGAAGCGCAGCUGUUUAGGACUUGCUUGCACUUGCGUAGGCAGCAGCGACGUCAGCUACUGGCAGAGGCCUUGCAAACUGCCAAUGCCAAAGACGCAUCUGAGGCAGAUCUGAUAUUUGCAUUAGACAGAUCGGAUUUCUACCUGCAGCAGCUGACACGACUGACGGCUUUGCCAGAUGCGCCAUUUGGUUGGGAUGCAAGUGCCUGGACCGCCAAAGCAGGGCGCGCCCAACAUUACUUGGUGGCAAGGCGUCGGCUCCGCCAGGAGCUUGACGAGCAAUGGUCUCAGGCGCAGCUGGCCUUGAGGCGCAUUCGCACGCUGAUGUCCUUCGCAGCCAAAGCAUGCGCGUAUGAGGGGGCCGCUGGAGCUCGAUGUCAGGAUCUCGCUGCAGUCCUUCAAAGCUGUGAAGUGGCCCUGCUCAAGGGCACAAACGAGAUGCCUACGAUUCCUGUGGGGCCAUCGGAAACCUCGAGCGUCUUUCUAGAAUCCAUCCUGCCGAAGCUGCUGAGCGAGGAUUCCACGAAGGCGACUGAUGACAGAGGUGCAGAAGAGGAGUGCGAGGGCACGGCGCACAAAACCGCACGAAAGAUCACGAAAGAUGAAGCCACAAGUCACUGCAGGAAGUUCGGCUACGUUUGA